AUGUUUACAAAUGUAGAAGAUGCACGAGAAGAGAUUGUGAAGACUGGCACUAGUGAUCUCUCAUCAGUAAUGAUUAUUUGUGAAAAUGUUGGUUUUGAUAAGAAUAAAAUGUUUUUUAAUGUGAGUUGGAAACUUGCAUUACUUUUUUCUAUUGAAACACAACAUACAAUUGGUUAUGGUUCAAGAUAUAUAACAACAGAAUGUAUGGGUGGUAUACUUGUAUUAACUCUUCAAUCAUUACUUGAAUAUUUAUUACAAGUUAUUGUCACACAAAUUGUUUUUACUAAAUUAUCACGACCUACAGGCGAAGAAAAAUCCCAAUUUAUUAUAUUCAGUAAUUAUCCGCUCAUUGCCCCACGAAAUAAUCAAGUACCAUUAACAUUUCGAAUAGGUAUGUCAAAUAAACCAUUAUAA